AGGAAACCAAAAGAGGAGAGACAAGCCGGAGGGAGACGCCCAGGAAAGGGGGGCGAGACGAAGCGCGGGGAAAAACCAACGCCGGAGACAGAGGAGCGGCGCAAGGGGACGAGGAGCAACAAGGCGGGGAAGCCAGGGCCAGAGAACGAGGAGGCCGCCCAAGAAACGGCCCGAAGGCAGGGGGCGCAGGGGGAAGGAAAAGCGGGGAGAGAGCGAAAGAGGAGGGGCACCGAGGGAGAAGGCGGGGAAGAGGGGAAACGACGAAGGGGGAGGGACGGAGGGGCGGGAGGAACGGGAGAAAACACGAGGGGAGGAAGAACGGAAGAGGGAGGAAGAAGAGGCAGAAGCGAACCGGAAAGGCACGAAGGCACCGAAAAGGCACGAAAGCAGGCAGAAGCAGAGAAGGCAGACCGAAAAGGCGCGAAAGGGGCGAAGGAACAGGCGGGCGACAGGCAGAAGGAGAACAGGCAAAGAAGGAGGGCCAAGAAAGAGAGAAAGAGCAGGCGCAGAGGAGGCAGAGGACGCACAAAGACGCCACAAGGAAAGGGCAACACGGAAGACAAGGGAAACGGAAAAACAGGAGGAAAGGAAAAGGCAACGGAAAAAGGAAAACGGAAGAAGGAGGCAAAGGGGAAGAAGAAGGGAAGAAGAGAAGGAGCGGGAACAACCGCCGCAGGCGAGAUCGAAGGCACGGGGCGAGAAGACACCCACAAGGACGGGAGAAGCGGCGCAGAGGCAAGAGGAGCGAAGGAAGGAACGAAGGCCGGAAACGAGCACGCCCACGAAGCAAGUGCAUCGGCAAGAAAGGGAGCAGGCCGGGAGGCCACGAGCCGAGGAGGAGGAGAGGACAAGAGAACCGAGAACCCGGAGAGGAGGGGGCAGAGCAAGAAAGAAAGCACGAAGCGGCCGGGGGCAAGGGCGGCGCGGGGGGGAGAGAGGCCGCACCGCAGACGGACAGCCCCAACACGCAGAGGGGGCAAACGCGGGGGCCAACCGGGGAAGAACGCAAAGGGGGCGGAGGGACAGCCGGGGGGGAAACACGGGGGAAGAGAGACGGGGCGGCGGAAGGGCGGCAGCCCACAACGACGGAGGAAGCGGAGAGGGGCGAAGCAGACGCCGCCACCAGAGCCAGAAGGGGCCGGGGCGUGCGUGGCAGCGACACCAGGGGGGGCCGGAGAACCAGGCAGGGGGGAGGGGGCAACAAGCCAGGCGCGGGAAGAAACGGAGCAAAGGGACCAGGCGGCGGGGCCAGGCGCAGUGAGAGCGACCAGAGGAGGCACCACCCCGAUCAGACCGAACGAGUGGGAGGGGCGGUGGACAGGGGGGGGCAACGGCAGCGGGAAAGGAGGGAAGGCAGCCAAGGCGGCAGGGGAGGAGGAAGGAAAGACACAGAGGAAAAGCGGGAGAAGGCAGCAAGAAAGGGAGGAAAGAGGGCGGACCAGGGAGGGGCAUGAGCAGGACAACAGAGGGCAGGAGGAAGAAGGGCCAACAACGGGGAACGGCGAGGGGCACCGGGCGGGGACGGGGGGGGCGGCGGACCGGAAGGCAGGCAACGCCAAGGCGCGCAAAGGCAGGGAGAGCGAGAGGAGAAAGGGACGCCAGCCGGGACCAACCGGGGAAGACGCGCAAGGGAGAGAGGACCGAAGCGCCGAGGCCACAACAGGAGGAAGGGGCGGGAAGACGGCACCGGGGGGCGGGGGGAACAGGGAAAGAAGGGGAAACGGAAGCAGGCGGGAAGGAAGACGGAAAAGACCAGGAGACAAGGGACCAGGACCAACACAAGGAGAAGAACGGAAAGAAGGGAGAGGAGGGGGAGGAAAGGCAAAAGAAGAGCCGAAGGGGACAAGGCGAGAGACGGAAACGAAGGGCCGAGAAAACGAGGAACAGAAAAGGCGUGGGGAACGGCAGAGACAAAACCAGGGGCCAAAACGAAAGGCAAAACGCCGACAGCGGGACGGGGGACGGCAAGCGGGGGCCAGGGAAGAGGCGACAUCGUAG